GCUCACAAAUCCAAGCCGUCUCCCGCUGUAAUUCACUCGGAUUCUUGUUUACAGGUAAAAUUGCGAAUUGUGAAUCUAGCGAGGGCAUUUAAAGGAUUUCGUCUGGGUAGAGCUAAACCGCCAUUUUCCCCCCCACUCUCUAGCUUUCCUCCGAUUUGCAUCUUCCACCGCGAAAGGUUGGAGAGAGCUUGAAAGUUGAAAGCAUCUCCAUUAUUUAGAGCGAGACAGAGACAGAAAGAGAGAGAGUGGAGGGCAAAACAGGGGAAGCCAAGCCAAUACCAGCGAGUAAGUGGUGGUGCUGGUGGCGGCGGAGGGGGUGAAAUUGAGCGAGAAUAGGCGAGAAAAAUCGGAUGCCAAUCUCUGAAGUCGAGACGCACAGGGCGGCCAACAGGUCACACCGGGCAGCGAGACAGCCGCCGGCCGCUCGGACGCCGGCGGGGAAGCGAGUCCCGUUGCGACUGUUGCUGCAAGUGACGUCGAUUGCCGGCGGGAUACAAUUCGGAUGGGCGCUGCAGCUCUCUCUCCUGACUCCGUACGUCCAGGAGCUGGGAAUUCCGCAUGCCUGGUCCAGUGUGAUAUGGCUGUGCGGGCCACUGUCGGGCCUGAUAGUCCAGCCGCUGGUGGGCCACUUGAGCGAUCGAUGCACCAGUCGAUUCGGCCGGAGGAGGCCCUUCAUCGUCGCCGGCUCACUGCUCAUCUCCUUCUCCGUCCUCAUCAUCGGUCACUCCGCCGAUAUCGGCUGGCUGCUCGGGGAUAGAGGCGAUUUCCGCCCCAGAGCGAUCGGAGCCUUCGUUUUCGGGUUUUGGAUUCUUGAUGUUGCCAAUAACAUGACCCAGGGCCCUUGCAGAGCUCUCCUCGCCGACAUGACUGGGAAAGAUCACCGCAGGACUCGAGUGGCGAAUGCUUAUUUCUCACUUUUCAUGGCUGUUGGCAAUAUCCUUGGCUUUGCUACUGGGUCAUUCAGUGGUUGGUACAAAAUUUUCCCCUUCACGGUUACAGCUGCAUGUGACGUGGACUGUGCCAAUCUUAAGUUUGCUUUCUAUCUUGAUAUUGUCUGUAUUAUGACCACCGCCUAUAUAAGCAUUUCAUCUGCUAAAGAACCCUCAAUUGGGUUGUUGUCUCAAGGAUCGAUACCUGCUACUGAAGAAGCAGUGGAAGUGUCUGGCCAUGCAGAAGAGGCUUUCCUCUGGGAACUGUUUGGGACUUUCAGAUACUUCCCAGCAUCUGUUUGGACUAUAUUGCUAGUUACCGCCCUGAAUUGGAUUGGUUGGUUUCCAUUUCUUCUCUUUGAUACUGACUGGAUGGGGCGAGAAAUCUUUGGAGGUGACCCAGAUUCAGGACCAAGUUAUAGUGCUGGAGUCAGAAUGGGAGCAUUUGCUCUCAUGUUGAAUUCGGUUCUAUUAGGAAUAACGUCGGUGCUGAUGGAGAAGAUCUGCAGGAAAUGGGGAGCUGGCUUCAUAUGGGGACUCUCAAACAUCUUUAUGGCUCUAUGUUUCCUUGCAAUGCUUAUAAUUGCAUAUGUAGCCUACCAUAUCGGCUAUUAUGGUGAAGGUGAUGCUCAACCGCCAGUUGGCAUUCUUAUUGCCGCACUGAUUGUUUUUGCACUUCUUGGAAUUCCAUUGGCAAUCACAUAUAGUGUUCCAUAUGCGCUAGUGUCGUCACGCAUUGAGCCUUUGGGGCUUGGCCAAGGGUUGUCGAUGGGUGUCUUGAAUUUGGCAAUCGUCGUUCCACAGGUUCUGGUCUCACUGGGAUCUGGUCCAUGGGAUCAACUGUUUGGUGGUGGAAACUCACCAGCCAUAGCUGUGGGAGCUUUGGCAGCACUUAUCGGUGGAUUGAUUGCUAUCUUGGGGAUUCCUCGUUUCACUACUCAGAAGCCAAGGGUUCUUCCAUGAGGUAUUUGCCUCUGGACCUAGAAUUCUUUUGUUUUACGUACGCUAAGUACAUCAUAGUUAUCAAUAACAGUUUAAGCAAGAAUUUUGUACAUAGAUAAUGUAUUCUUUUUAUUUAUUAUGUCCCUAUUUUUCUAAAUAACAGCAUUUUCAUAUCAUCAGUUCGUUACCCUCCCUCUUCAAUUGAACUGCAUCCAACUGGUGAUGGGGAGUUUUAAAAUUUGGGGGAAUUGCGGGCCUACAUCCGAAUGUGUUGGAGCUUCAAGAUGCAGCAUAAGUGUUAGGAUAGAUACCCCAAUUUUAUACAGCAUACUGCUUGGUUGCACAGGAUGGAAAAACCGAGCUCCAUUUUAGCUUUAGCAUAGAAUGAAUGAUGUAUGAAUGAGUCAGAUAGCAGCAAAAGGUAAAAAGUGAGUUUGAUAUACAUACUGAAGAUAAGAAGGGGGCUGCAAUGUCAUUAGGAGAGAAAAGGGGAAGUGUUUAAUAGGGAGCCGGGGUUCUUGGUCCAAAGCAUCUUCUUCUUUCUUGGGGUGGCAAGGCUUGCUCGAAACUGACUGAACGAAUUGGGUGGGGGUGGAAUUGUGGUUGAUGGUGAGCAACAGUUGAUUUUUAUUAUGAGUUGUUCUGAUUGAAACAAUGAUGGAGACAUGUCUUUUGUGCUCUAUUUCUUUCUUUCCUUCCUUCAUUUUGGCGUUUCAUUUAUAAUAAGAAGAAGG